CUGUCCCUGCCUGCUGGCAACCCUGCCCUGGAGGGGUCUGGACGUCUCUGCCGGGCAGCCCUCCUGCACUUCUGGGAGGGCCCUGCCCCCGGCCGUGAGCAGCCUCAGCCCCAGGACAGGUGAUGGAGUGGCAGGCUGGGACCUCCCUGGACUGUGCUGACCUCUGACCUGGGCAGCUGUGAUGUCACAGGGGCCACCCGGCAACGGGGCCAGGCGCGACCAGAGGCGGCGGGAGGCUGAGCCGGGCCUCUUCUGCCUCGGGCACAGGGAUGGACAAGGACAGCACAGCCGCACCGAGGAGGCACCGGCCAGGCCCCGGGGCCCCUCCCACAGGGCCCCCCGGGAGCCUGAAGUCGGCCAGCGAGAUGGGGGAGCUUCAGCGCAGCCGGAGUGUGGGCGGCCUGCACCAGAAGGGGGACCCUCCCAGCCGCCUGGCCCGGCCCGGCAAGGAGCAGGAAUCUGAAGAUCGAGGAAAGGACCUAAGAAAUGACUCAGAGGACGCCAGCUGUCCAGUGAGCGUGGAGGAGACCAAGCAGGACAAGGACAAACUGGGACAGUCAGGCCUGGACAGUGGGCAGGCGGAGCUCGAGGGGAACAGGAGCUCGGACCCUAACGCCCGGGAGGAGAGCGGCGAGGGUCUGGACAGACGCUCCCUGGGGACCCAGGAGCUCAAGGCCCAGGGCAGCCUGCUGGAGAAAGAGAAGCUGCCAGUGUUUGUGGAGAUUGACCUUCGAGACUGUGCGGAGGAGGUGGUCCCUUGUGCUGUGAGAGAAGACAAACAGCCACAGACAGAUGUGGGGGACUUGUCGGAGGACGAGGCCCGGACCAGCUGGGUGUGCUGCAUCCCAUACACAUCCAAGAAGAGAAGCAGGGACAGCGUGUAGCCACAGGGCCGAGGGUCUUGCCGUCUCCUGGGCACAAAGUGGCCUGUCCAGGCCUAGGACCAGCCACACGACCUCUGGAAACAAUAAAGAACACCCAGCUGCCUCCUCA